AUGUGGCGCUUGGCUGCGAUUUGGCCUUCCUUGAUCAUCGCAGAGGACGAGGGAUGCUGGAAGGGCGGCCUGAACCCGGGAAAGUGCUGCCCAAUGACCGAUGCUGAUCACGCCUGCUUCGAUGAGGUCUUCACGCGUGAUCGGUGCUGCGCUGCCUCUGGCCCCGUCGUGGCAGGCUGCGACUGCAGAUCGCUCUUCUUACGGGAAGCAGCAGAGUUCCUAAAGCAUCUGCCCAGCUCCAUAGGACGGGAGGACGUCAUCGCCUGGCCGUGGAAAUAUCACUUAAGAAGCUGCCGUGAGGAGGACUAUACAGCUGCUGUCGGCCCCAAGGGAUGGCAGCGUGAUGACCUGUGUGGGCAGCUCGAGAUGCUUCAUUACUUGGUGUUCUGUGGCCUGCAGACGCAUUGGUGGGAAAAGGAUGGUGCUUUGAGGACCGUCUUCUGGACUGAAAUCAUGCGCCUGUCCAUCAGUCUACUGCAAUCAGGCUGCCAGGGACUCCUGACGCCACAGGAAGCCUUCUACAACCACCAGGAGUUCGAGAAACAAUACUUGUCCUUCUCAUUUCAAGCUGAGGUUCACCAACUCCGGUGGCGACGAGAACUGCCGGUGAGUCAACCGGCUGGAGCAGUGUCGCAAGACAGAGUCGGACAGUGUCUUGAUGUGACAGCUCGGCGCCCUGCCAUUCACUGUGCUGUGACGGCACGCCUGCCCGAAGACGGUCCGUCCAUCAGGGCUGCAAGAGCCACUUGGGCCAAGGGCUGCGAUUCUGUCGAGGUUUAUGUUGCAUCAGCAAGGAAGUAUUCGCAGUCUUGGAACAGUUUCGGCCUUCCUGUUAGGAACCUUGCCAUGUAUUAUCCGGUGUUAUAUGCUCACCCUGAUCAAGCCGGUGACGCACCCUCAGCAGACAUUUUCGCGCGGAAGAAGCAAAAGACAACGACAAACCUGAUCCGAAAGGCGUUAGCGAUGUGGCAUUGGAUCGGAACGAACCUGCCUGCAUCCGACUUUGUCUGUCGCCUGGACCCAGACACGCUGUUUCUCGCCGACCACUUCAGGCAAUAUGUACACCAACACUGCCUGAGCAAUUCUUCCUGGGUGUACCUGGGACAAGUGCAGCAGACGAUGAAAGUGUGGGUCGGUGACUUUCCCGAUGGUGGUGCAGGGAUUUGUUUGCCCUGGAGGGCGACGCAAGGAUUUGCCACCAUGUUGGAUGACCGAAUACAUAAGUAUGCAGAGGGUGAGGAGGCGGGUCCUGGUUUGCCAGAAGGGUGUCGCAUGGUUCCAGGCCACCUGGACGAUGUGAUAACCGGCUUUUGCUUUCAAGAGAUGGACCUGCUACCACAUUAUGGACUUGUGUCCGCACUGGGGCAGACCAGGUUCAACAACGAGGUUCUGCCAAAGCAUACCGGGAAGUCCUGCAAGGGCAGCUUCAGGGACUGGCUCAAACAGGGCCGAUUGCCUGAUCUGUUCCUUUGCGCUUCCAAACAUCUCGACUGCAUCUCAACUGCUCCCUGGUGCUGGGUGAAUGAAACUGAAGCCAUCUCCUUUCAUGGAUACAAGAACGCCUCGGCGAUGCAGGAAGCUUAUCGCUACUUGGUCGGGGAAGACUACCAGAGGCUUCGUUGA